AUGUCUGGAUGCGCGAAUGCAGGUCAGGCUCUCAGCAGAGGCUUGAAGCUAUACACAACUAGGAGCACAUAUUCGCUACCCUUUCUAUAUCAAACACCAACACUGCGCCGCUAUUACAGCGCUCUGCAAGAUCUGGCCAACGAAAAUGUGGCCAAAGCCAGUCCAAAGACAAAAAUCAGGAAACCGGAAAGAGAAACCACACCUGAGCCUGCUUCUGCCCCCGCCGCUCCUCGCGCAAAGCUAGAGAAAGAGGAAUACGUCCCAUUCGAAAGAUACGAGAGUGCAGAACCAAAUGUGAGAUCUGCACCAGUCCAAGGAGAGACCCUCACGCCGAAAGAGCGAUAUGCCUUUGACCAACUCGAGGCACUAUCAGGUACCCCUCAACCACCCAACGUGAAGAAGCAGCAGCCGAAGAAGCCAGCCGGAGAUGUCUUCCUAGACCUUGACGAGGUCCUCAACGAAGCAAUUCAAAAUGUCGAAUCCGUCGCACAAGCAAAAAGAGCAGCAGAGGUUAAAGCAGAAGCAGCUGCAUCAAGGAAAAGACCAGCAGCACGGAAAUCAAAAUCCAACAUCCUCAACCCGGCCCCAAGGAUCACACAACCAGAAACCAGUUCUUCAACGACAGACGCAAGAGCUGCCUAUUCCAAGGAACUGCACGAAGCCAGAUCUCUGCACGAAGAAUCAGAACGCAUGAUCGUCGCCAUGAAACACGCCCCGACCGACUUCGCCCUCUGGUCAAUCCUAGAAACCGACCUCUUCACCCCAAUCGCAAACCUCCAACUCGAUGGACCUUCCCCCGAUCCCUCUGCCCCGACAACCGCAACUCCCCCUCCCACCACACCAAAAUCCCGUCGCAAUCUCAUGCGCACAUUCCCUAAACGCCUCAUCCUCGCCGCUUCCUUGUUACGCACAGUAUAUCCAUCUUCCAACCUCAUCCUAUCCAUCCUACCCCGUCUCCGCGCCAUAGGUCCUUCAGUCUACGCUCUAGGCAUCACUCCAAACCUCUGUAACCAACUCCUCGCCUUCCACUUUCAAAAACACCUCGAUCUCGACGCCUGCAAUUCCCUGCUGUCGGAAAUGGAAUCUUCAAUCAUCGAGCCCAACGCCACAACUCUGCAGAUCCUAAACUACAUUUUAAAUUACAAGGAGCAAGCCAAAGAGGGCAAAAUGGGCGUGCCCACACAAUCGGUCUUCGGUACCGAGAAAUUCAGACGCGGGUUUAGAGAAUUGGAAGGGUGGAGGGGUUGCAGAUGA